GCUUGUUCAUGCACGCCGCUACGAUGAAAUUGAGAGAACUACAUGAAGAGACUCAAUGCAGGACUUUGAGGUGUCCUUGGGGAUUCUUUCCUGGCCGUUCGCUCGUCUCCUACGGGAACACUCUCAUUCUGGCCUACAUGCCGUACGUUCUCUAUCAAUAAUUGUCUAAUUUCUAUUACCACUUGUUCACCAAGUAACGAUAAUACCGUAUACACUCUCUUUCCUUGCAUCAAGAUGAGCACCAUCACCACCACACUCGCUAUCGCCUCUCUUUGGCUGCAAUCCGUCUCAGCAGCACUGACCGCCUGUCCCGUCGCUGAGACUUCAUGGAGUUCCGGAAACGGGCCCACCUACCUCAUCUGCCCCAACACUGACUACCAAUUGGGCGGCAGAAGUUUACAAGUAGUCCAAAAUGUGGCCUCCACCACAGCCUGUGCCAAAAUCUGUGCGACAGAUACCCGCUGCUCGAAGGCUGUUUACGACAAAGGAAAACGGAUAUGUCACGUCAAGGACCCAAAGAGCGGAGUGAGGAUGCCCUGGGAGGCUUACGCCAACUUCGAUACCAUCCGAAUCGAUACCGUUCAGCUAGCUGAAGGUGCCUUCCUCGCGCGCUGCCCGUUCCCGCAAAUCGACUACCGCACAUCCCGUGGCUCGACUUACAACGUCUGUCGGAACACUGACUAUGUCGGAGCAAGUGUAAAGAUCGUCAAGCAGGUAACCACGGUUAACGCAUGUGCUGACCUUUGCGGAACUACCACUGGCUGCAACAAGGCAGUGUUCGAUACCAAGAACAACGUCUGCCACAUCAAGGGUGCCGAGCCUGCGACGAGUCUUUUCUGGGUUAAGAACCAGCAAUUCACGACAAUAACACUGCCGAAGCAACUUAAGCCCGCACAAGCUGGCCAAUGGUCCGAUCUUGUCAGGCUCCCGCUCAUCCCUGUAGCAGCCUACGUGGUCCCCCAGUUUCCCCAGGCUGAUAGGCUCAUGUUCUUCUCCUCGUGGGGAACAGAUGCAUUCGGAGGCGCAUCGGGCAUGACUCAAUUCGGCGACCUCAAUUUUGCUACCGGCAAAAUUGCUGCGCGACAAGUUGCAAACACACACCACGACAUGUUCUGCCCUGCCAUCAGCCAGCUCGCAGACGGACGCAUACUCGUACAGGGCGGGUCCAAUGCCGAAGCCGUCAGCAUCUACGACCCGUCCACCAACGCCUUCACCCGCGCCGCAGACAUGAAGGUCGCGCGUGGCUACCAGACGUCAACAAUCCUAUCCAAUGGCAAAGUAUUCACCAUCGGCGGCGCCUACUCUGGUCCCCGCGAGGCUAAGAACGGCGAGAUCUACGACCCAAAGAUCCAGGCCUGGACGUACCUCCCCGGCACAGAGGCCAAGCCAAUACUCACAAAAGACCACGAAGGCAUCUGGCGCGAAGACAACCACGCAUGGCUCUUCGGCUGGAAGAAGGGCAGCGUCUUCCAAGCUGGCCCGGGCAAGGAUCAGCAUUGGUUCGGCACGGAGGGCAAAGGAUCCAUCACCAAAGCCGCCACCCGCGACACCAUGGACGCCAUGUGCGGCAUCUUCGUCAUGUACGAUGCCAUCGCGGGGAAGAUUCUGUCCGCGGCAGGUGCCCAGGACUACACCAACAGCGCGGCAACGGCCCACGCGCACAUCACCACCAUCGGCGAGCCGUACAAGCCGUCUACCGUCGAGCGCAUCCCGGACCUUGCGUUCCCGCGAGGCUUCUCCAACGCCGUCGUGUUGCCUGACGGCAGCGUCCUCGUCACAGGCGGCCAGCGCAAGUCCCUCGUCUUCACCAACACCGACAGCGUCCUCAUCCCGGAGCUCUUCAACCCCAAGACCAAGACAUGGACACAGCUCGCGCCCCACGCCGUGCCGCGCAACUACCACUCCAUCAGCAUCCUGCUGCCAGACAGCCGCGUCUUCAUCGGCGGCGGCGGGUUGUGCUACGUGAACAAGAUCAAGGGCUCCACCGCCGGCUGCGACAAAACCGUCGACCACGCAGAUGGCGAGUACUUCAGCCCGCCGUUCCUGUUCAACGCCGACGGAACCCCCGCCACGCGCCCCGUGGUGUCGAACCUCACGCAGAAACCCGUCAAGGUGGGCGCGACGCUGACGUUUACCGCGAGCGAGUUUGGGUCCGCCUCGUUGGUGAGGAUGGGCAGUGUCACGCACUCUGUCAACAGCGACCAGCGCCGCGUGCCGCUGAACAAUGUCACGCGAAAUGGGAAGACCGUCAGCGUGAAGCUGCCUACCGACUCGGGCAUCCUGCUGCCAGGGUUCUACUACCUGUUCGUCCUGUCGGCGAAAGGCACGCCUAGCAUGGGGAUGACGGUGCAUGUGGUGUUGUGAUGCGCAGAUGAAUAGUCACGCCAUGCGAUAUGGCUGGAACAUUCGGACUCAUGGUCUUGGGUAUGUGUACAUGUGUAUAGUCAAC